AAGUCAUUGGCAGCCUGAGCUAUUUUUGGGAUAUUUUCUCUACUGCAGAUGCAGCUCAGGAAAACGCAGGGAGCAUGCUAAAGACCUGCAGCUAUUUGCCUUGUACAAUUUGCUCAUUUCUCUUUAUUUCUCUGUUUUCCUGCACUGAUCACUUAAAGGACAAUCUCUCUUGCAAACAAAAUCCCCGGAGCCUGAUUAGAGGGACUGAAGGCUCCCAGACACGGAUUGCCUGCCAGCCACAGCACGGCGGAGCGGGCCCGGCAGGAGGCGGAGCGGGCCGCCGCACGUCCCCCGGCCGGUCGGCCGGCCCCCCCGCCAUGGGUCGGAAGCGCUGCGUGGGGGGAGACGGCUCCAAGAUGGCGGCGGGUUGCUGCGGGGUGAAGAAGCAGAAACUCUCCAGUUCCCCUCCCUCGGGCUCGGCCGGCCCGGGAGGCGGCGGCAGCGGCUCCCGCUGCGGCGGGGCGGCGGCGGCGGGGGGGGGAGGCGAGCCGGGGGCGCUGCCCCCGCCGGGGGGCCCCCGCCUCAACGGCCUCGGGGGGCUGGCGGGGGGCGCCGCCGGCUGCGCCCUCUCCCCGCCGCUGCCGCCCGGCUGCGGCGGGGGCCCCGCCGGCCUCUCCCCGCCGGCCGCCUCGCUGCUCUCCUCCCCCGGCGCCGGCUCCGGCGGGCCCGGCUGCAGGAAGAUGGUGGUGUCGGCCGAGAUGUGCUGCUUCUGCUUCGAUGUGCUCUACUGUCACCUGUACGGCUACCAGCCCCCGCGGAGCCCCCGCUUCACCAACGACCCCUACCCACUGUUUGUAACGUGGAAGAUUGGUCGAGAUAAACGAUUGCGUGGAUGCAUAGGUACUUUUUCUGCCAUGAACCUGCAUUCAGGACUCAGGGAGUACACGCUUACUAGUGCCCUUAAAGAUAGUCGUUUCCCCCCAAUGACGAGGGAUGAACUGCCACGGCUUUUCUGCUCAGUGUCUCUACUCACUAACUUUGAAGAUGUAUGUGACUACAUGGACUGGGAGGUGGGUGUACAUGGCAUUAGAAUAGAAUUCAUCAAUGAAAAAGGAUCAAAACGCACCGCCACCUACUUACCGGAGGUUGCAAAGGAGCAAGGAUGGGACCACAUUCAAACCAUAGAUUCCUUGUUGAGGAAAGGAGGCUACAAAGCUCCGAUUACUAAUGAAUUCAGGAAAACAAUAAAGCUAACCAGGUACCGUAGUGAGAAGAUGACGAUGAGCUACACAGAGUAUCUUGCCCAUCGUCAGCAUCAUCACUUCCAAAAUGGUAUUGGGCACCCCCUUCCACCGUACAACCAUUAUUCCUGACACUGAGCCGCAUGACCAGUCACUGGACCUCUCUGCAGACCUCUUCCCAGGAGACCCUGCCCCUUCUUGGUCUAGCUAUCUCUAUUACUGUACCAUUUUAUGAUGAUAGUUUCCGUUGCCAUGUUGAGGCUUCUUAGUUGGUUAAGCUCAUCAUGGCAACGGGAGGGAAAACUGCAUUACUACAAAGAUCCCAUACUUUUUUUAUUAUUGAGUCACUGCAGAUUUUUUUGCAGCAUAUAUAGCCCUUGGGUUUUUUAUGAAAUUUUAAAUUUCUACUUUGUUAACAUUGAAUUAUAUCAAUCAAGGCUUUCUGUGACUGUGGAUGGAAGGAAGAGUUUAAGGAUUACAGUUAGGGAUGCUUUGCUUAGCAAAAAGGCGUUCAUGGCUUUUGCAUGAAUAGGUGUGACAGGGAAUGAAACAUAUCAGAUUCAGGUAUUAUAUUAGACAAUGAAUUGCAUUUUCAUAACGUUCUUAAUAAUGUUGUGCGUACAAUAUCUCACCCCCACAGUAAAGAUUUUUGCGUAGCUAUGUACAUGAUCUUCAGAUCCAGCACAUACAGCCAAAACGUCAAGGCUGACAUACAAAAUGCUUUUUUGGAUGAAGAGAAGCAAUUACAUGUACAAUGAGAGGUGAUGUUAACACGGCAGCAUUUUCAGAAUCAAGUGGUCUAAUUGAUAGGGCAUGACAUAAUCCAGUAGGCUACCAGAUACCUUUGUCCCCCAUUCUGUGCUGGGAAUCAAGGGCAAUCCAGCCCUGUCAAGACUAGUCAUAAUAAUGCAUUUGUAAUGAGAUGAUGCCUUUCUGAUGAUCUCAAAUUAGGAGUGACAUUUGUUAUUAAAAACAGGUUGGUGAGUAGCCAAUGUCAUAUUAGGAAGAAAACGGAUUUAGAUUUUAGUGCCUUUGACUAUGACAUAACUAUAUACUUAUAUAUAAAAUUCAUAGAAAAAAUAUAGCAAAUAUGCCAGACAUUCUAGCAAACUAUAUUGAGUCUGCUCUGGUGUCAGGUUUCUGGGGAUUUUUUUUUUUAAAGUGAGAUUUUUUUUUUUUUUUAUAGCAAACCUAUUUUGGAAAAGAAAAAUCCCUGUUUUGUUCUUUCUUCUGCUUUUGAACUUGUUGAGUUUUAUCAAGUCAUGAAUAGUUAGAUAAAGUUAAUUAUUGUUUAAAAAAAAAAAGAAAAAAAGACUUGUGAAAGAGCACAGGACAAGUAUGCCAUAAUUUUACAUGUUUUCAUCUAUUGCAGGAAUAGUACUUGAGAGCUGUAAGUACUGUGUAAUAAUUCUGAUACCCCUCCACACGGCAGAAGAAAGAAAACUGAUUGCAACUUUUUCGUGCUGUAAAAAUAGGAAUUAGUAAAAGGUAUGCGUGGUAUAUUUGCAAGCCCAGUUUAUGGUAGGAGCUAGCUCCUUGCUCAUGUGCCUGUAGAACUCCCACUAAUACCUGUUGUAGUUCAGUGCAUAUUCUAGGGGACAAUACACGCCAUCUAUUACAGAAAAGACCUUCCUAAUAUGAGUAAGUAAAACACAGUAAGCAGAAAUUCCAGUUAUUUUGAAUAAUGAAUGUUUGUAAAUACAUAGAUAUAUAAAAUUCAAAUAGAUAAAAUCAAUUAAAAUUCAGUUGUUAAAAAAAAUCAGACUAUUUGUAAAGAUGUUUCAAUAGGGUUUCAAAGACAGAUAUGGAUAAAUUAUGCUCAUCCCUUAUGCAAGGUUAGCUUUGCCACUUAAUUUCCAUGGAGGUUCUUGUAGAAGGUCUCUGGUAUUCCUUCAUCCACAGCAUUUGAUGUCCAAAUAUUAACAUUUUCAGUUGUGAUGCCUUAAUUUAUAAGCAGAGGGCCUGAAAUUUCAGGAGCCAAAAGAUGCCAGCCAGAGGCUGCAAAAAUUAAUAGAUGUUUAUACAGAGGCUAUUUUGGAUGAUACUGUUGUCUUGUUUCUACUUGGGGAACACUUUUAAAUGGAUUAGUCUUCAAGUGGAAACUGUGAACAAGUGGCUACCUGAUAGAGUUGUGUUGGUUUUUUUUCUUGCCCUUAUAGGGAAACUGAGCACAAACUGAAUCAUUCUGCUGCAAAAAAAAAAAAAAAAAAAAAAAAAAAAAGUCAUCCAACCCCAUCUUUAUCUGUCAUCUCGUUACAGCAUGCUCAUGCUUCUGUAUGAGCUCAUUGUUAGAAGUUUUUUAAAAAGAUCUAUUAUAUAUAAAAAUAUAUAUGUAUUGAAAGGUGCUAAUCAACCUCAAGCAGGUCACGUGACUGGUCAUGCGGAUCUAAAAUCAUAUCAGAUUUUUUAAAAAAUCUUCGAUAUAUGCAGAUGUUAUACAGAAUUUCUUACCAGUGUAAUAAUGAUAUACUGAUGAAUAAACAAUCCUGCAGGUUUUUAAGGACAAGGUCAGCAAUACUUCCCACCAUGGCUUGGGGGAGAAAAGGAUAGUUUUGUCUCCUUUUUGUAUACAGCAUAAUGCACAAUGCAUUUUUGUCUAUCUCUUAGUAGCUGUUGCUUAAAAAUAUAGUUAAAAGGGUGUUAUACAAACUGUAAAGGUGUGCUUUUGAAAUGAGUUAAUGCCAGAUCCUUCUGGACCAGAGUUUUGUAUCACUAAUUAAAAACUGUUACAGAGUCUGUGGUCAAUCAGAUUGUAUGAUAUUUUUUUUAAAAGAUUGGAAUAAUCAGUCUAUCUACAGUGUUUCUAGGGCACCUACCUCCUCAGCAUGCAAGUGCUGAAAAUGCUAUGGAUUGUUUCUGUGUAAUUGUAGGUUUAUUUGUACAAAACGUGCAGUUCACUGUGACAUGCACUGGGACAGAAUAGGUCUGUUCGCUUAAAGCUGAGCAACAAUUGCUUUCACAAAUGUCAUUCCCUCGUAGUUAUGUUUAGUACCCUUUUAGAUAUAUUGCUGGGUUUAGAUACAGAUUUUUAAAUUUUUUUUUUUGUCUUAAUUUGGGGUACUUUGUAAGAAGUUAAGGUACAACCAAGUAGCUUAUUUCACUGUUUAAGUUGGAAUGCUGAUUUUUUUAUGAGCACUACACAGUUUGCCUUAUUCCAUUCAAGAGAUUGUUGGGGGUUUUUUUAAUUCUUUUGCUUAAUGUUCCUAAAAACCCUGUUCUGUAAACUGAAUUAAGACAACAAAGCUGUAGACUUGACAUGAAACUAUUACCUAGUCAUGCUUCAAGUGGCCUUCCUUCUGCCUAGACUGCUGUAGCACUGACUUCUCACCAUCUCGACCCCAAUGCUGAUGAUAGCAGGGGGAGGGCACACUAGAGUUCUGACCUCAGAUACACUAUUAAAUCAAGGCAGGCAAAUCCAUUUGCACACCCUGGCGUUUGUAUACGGACCUCUUUACUUGUCUUCAAAUGUGCGGGUUUUUAAAAUUGUUGUCUGGAGUAGGUUACAUCUCUUAUGUGUGUUAGAUCGAACCAAAGAAGCCUCCAGCCAUGCCCAAAUGCUGCUCCUAAAGCCUGCCUUCCAGUCCUUACAAAAUCCCUGCAGGAUUAAAUGUGUUAACUUUUUUAUUUUUGUACAGUUUCUAACUGAUUUUUGCUAGUGAUGUUAAUUGAAUUAAGUUUAUUUGGGGAGUCUGAAUAUCUCCUCCAUUUAAAUAAACUGGUGACUUUCCUUUUAUGUUUAAAAAAAAAAAAAAAAAAAAAAAGAGAGAAACCCAAAGUGUGCCUCUCAGAUUUAAGGGUUUCUGGUUACAUUUAUUCUUAAGACCAGCAAUGAUUCUUUAUAUACAAAGAUAUGUUUUCCUCGUUUUUUAUUACUGUUAAAGAAUAAAUAAAAAAUAAAAACCUCUUUCUUUGCUCUGGACCCAGUAAUUGCGCUGGUACAUAAACGCACUGAGAAAACAAACUUUUGUUUGAAACUUUUGUAACAACUUAUGACUGUUUUUGUAUAUCAAAGUUGAUUCUUUUCAAGAUAUUUGGAUCUAGUUUCUAAGUUAUUUUAGUGUUUUAUAUGUUACAAAAAGAAUUACUUUAAAUUGUUCACCAGCAUCUUGAGUUAUCUUUAAUGCAAUGGUGACACACAAUGGGCUUAGAGCUACCUGGAGUAGCUUGUAAGGCCUCUGUCUUUUCCUUUCUUAGUAACUUGAUUGAUUACAAUAAUAUCACAGAUUACCUGAACCCCCUUCCUUUAUAACUAGAUCCUCCUUCCUUCCACAUUUAAUUGCUAUUAGUGUGAAGAAACUGUUGAAAUGGGCAUUUUAAUAUAAGUACGGCUUAAAAAGAGAAAAAUGGGGAAAAAGCAAAAAAAAAAAAAAAAAAUAGAAGGUUAUCUGUGGGUCUGUGAGAUAUGGCUGUGGAAAGAUAUUGUAGUAGUUUUAACACUAUUGUUAUUACCUUUUAAAUCAUUUACCCAAUAAAAUAAGGAAAAAGAA